CAAAAUGGCGACUACUCCGAUGACGUCCGGUACGAGUCAGCAGCCAAACAAAACGUGGGAACUCAGUUUGUAUGAACUUCAUCGCACGCCACAAGAGGCAAUAACUGAUGGAACAGAAAUAGCAGUAUCACCACGGAGUUUACACAGUGAACUGAUGUGUCCAAUAUGUUUAGAUAUGUUAAAAAACACAAUGACUACCAAGGAGUGUUUACAUCGGUUUUGUCAAGAAUGCAUCACUACUGCAUUAAGAAGUGGCAACAAAGAAUGCCCAACAUGUCGAAAGAAGUUAGUGUCUCGUCGUUCUUUGAGACCAGAUCCUAACUUUGAUGCAUUAAUUUCUAAGAUAUAUCCCAGUCGAGAUGAAUAUGAAGCGCAGCAGGAAAAAUUAUUAGCCCGAUUGAAUCAGCACCAUAACCAGCAGGCAUUGCAGAACAGCAUUGAAGAAGGACUCAAACUGCAAGCCAUGAAUAGAGCUCAAAGAGUGAGAAAACACCAAUCAGAGGAACACAUUGUAGGCAGUAAUAAUCACAUUGAUGAGCAGGAAGCCUCGCCAUCACCACCACCUCCACCAUUAGCACCCGUCACCGUAGAUUGUGAGGAAGAAGAUGUGGAUAUACAACAUCAUCAUAAAAAACUUAAAACUACAUCAGAAGAAUCCGGACCAGAAGCUAAUGACUCCGUUGGUGAAGGCUGUUCUGAAAAUACCGAGACUCUUGUCAAUGAAAUAGAGUUAGUUUUUAAACCACAUCCGGAAGAAGAACCAGUUGACACCGCUACAUCAUCUCAAACAAGGUUCAUUAAAACUACUGCCAAUGCCACAGUGGAUCAUUUAGCCAAAUAUUUAGCAAUGAGAAUGGCUUUAGAAAAUGAUGCCAUAAACGGAGCAGGUUCUAAUCCCCAUGAUUUAAAUGGGUCAAUGACACUGGAUCAGGUAAAUGAGAGAUACUGGAAAGUCAAUAAACCAUUAGAAAUGUUUUAUUCCUGGAAGAAGAAACAAACUUAA